UGCAAUCCAUGUCUACUCCGAACUAAGAAUCGGAUCCACUGAGUUCAAUGGGAUUUAUUCCGAAGUAAAUAGGUAUAGGGUUGCAGCUUGAGGGGGCAACUGAACUGGACUACCUUUUGCUGCAAUUAGAGGGAUGUUUAGUAGGAAGGAAUAAGGGGUGAAAACCUAAAUAAGCCUCAGCCCCAUCUCUAAUCUGCAGCACUUACAGUAGACUACCUCACAGUGGUGUCGUAAAGCGCCACUCCCCUCAACACACCUCCUGCAAUAUUGAGAUAAUGGACUAACUUGGCACUGACAUCUUGAAAUCCUGAAAAAUUAUACACGUAUAUAUGUGGCAUACGAAAUAAGACAAGGUAGGAGAGCAGGGACGCUUGUCUGUUAUGCUACCUUAUGGGGAGGAGGCGUGGUGCUACCUAAUCAGAGCAACGCUAAACUUCAGAAUUUCGCCUUUGUUUUCCGUGGGCAGGCUGCUCUUAGCCAUCCCAGGGGACGGGUCAACGAACAAUAGCCAUUGUGACUAAAUUUUCCUAUCUCUAUGCGCCCCGCCAGUAGUCGGAUGUGUCCUCUUCUUCCGGGGUCGAGGAGAGCGUUGGCGGAGGGACGUCGGAGUCAUGGCUAGACGAAUUAUGUAUCCCCUGUACCAGUUAGGAAAUCCUCAAUUAAGGGUUUUCCGGACAGAUUACUUCUUGACAAUGGUGAGACCUGGUGUUCCACAGCCAGAAGACACUGUGCAAUUCCGCAUCCCAAUGGAAAUGACAAGAGUGGAAUUGAAGGAUUACCUUGAAAGCAUAUAUAAUGUGCCUGUGGCUGCUAUAAGAACCAGGAUACAGCAUGGUUCAAACAAGCAGAGGGAUCACAGAAACAGGCGAAUCAAGAAGCCUGACUACAAGGUCGCCUAUGUACAGCUGGCUGCAGGACAAACUUUUCAGUUUCCAGACAUGUUUCCAGAAAGGGAAGAAAUCAUUGAGCCUGGCUCUUUUGAAGACAUCCAGAAGAAAUUUAUGGAAGAUGAAAGACAGAAGCAUAAAGGUGAUCCCAGGCAAGCAGACAUCCCUAGCUGGUUUGGACUUUGAUGGAAUCAACUUGCUGUUUUGUUUUAGGUAGCCCAGACGGACUCAAACCAUUGCAUCCAGUGUUGGUCCUCAACUUGUACUGUCAUUAUGUGGGUGUCCCAUCCCCCCUUUUUCAAUGCUUUAUCCAUCUGGAGGGUUGUUCCUUUCAGGCCACCAUUCUCUCCUUUUCCUGUUCUGAGUAGGUUUUUUGAAGACCGUUCAUUGGAGUAUUGAAAGUGUGUAGAAAUGUUGAGACAGCCAGUACUGUCAUCACGGGGUCCAUAUAGAAGAUCUGGUAUAACCUUGCUAUCUCUGAAUUGGCAGGCAGGCUAAUACUUUGGGCAUCUUUUGCUGUUUCAGGGAAGACAUUCUUGGGUGUGUGGGAUUGAUGUGGAUACCAUGAACAUGGUACUGGUAUGAUGGUAUGUUUGGGAGAAGAGGCUUCACACAAUGUUUUCUUACAGCCUGAAGGAAGAUUCUGAAUUUUCAAAACAUGCAUAUGUAAACUGAACAUGAUCCAAUAAAAAAACAUUGCCUUG